AUGGCAUGGCUGGCUCGCUCUAUCGCUACCUCCCUUAGACUCGACGAUGACGAUGAUUACGCUGAAAAUGAAGUCCCAUCCAAAAAUCCUCACAACUACUCACCAGUAAAGCGUAAUGAAGAAGAAAGACGAAAACAAAACGAAAUCGACAAGGAAGAACAACAAAAGGAAUCAGAAGAAGAAGAAGCGCGUAGAGGCGUUAAGGAUGACCUUACAGAAUUCAAGCAAACUCUGACGCGUCAACUUUGGGGGUUGCCUCAGCCCUCUGAUCGAUCUGCAUCUUCUUGUGCAGAAAGAGAGCCGUCUGAUUCGGGGAUCAGGCACGAUUUUUCCGAGAUCGGAGGAAGGUUUAGGGACAUAUCGAAGAUGGCGUCCAAUUAUUUCCCGUUUGGAUCGGAGGAAAAUGAGAGAGAAAAUCUGGGAGAAGAGAAUCAGGAGGAAUUGGAGAGGGAGGAGCUUGGAGGUGAGGAUGGAGACGAUAAGGACGACGAUAAUUGGGGGGUAGGAGGAGCGAUAGGGAUUACCGAUGAGGUUUUGGCGUUUGCGAGGAAUAUCGCGAUGCAUCCAGAAACUUGGUUGGAUUUCCCUCUUGAUGAAGAAGAGGAUUUAGAUGAUUUUGAUAUGUCCAAUGCUCAACAAGAGCAUGCUUUGGCUGUUGAACGAUUUGCUCCCAGACUAGCUGCUCUCAGAAUUGAACUUUGCCCUUGCCAUAUGACUGAGAGUUACUUUUGGAAAGUUUAUUUUGUUCUUCUGCAUUCGCGUCUCAACAAGCAUGAUGCAGAAAUUUUGUCCUCGCCUCAGGUAAUGGAAGCUAGAUCAAUGUGGAUGCAGGAGCUACAUAAGCAAACCAAGCCAGAAUCUGCCUGGUUCGGAAGUACUCAAGUAAAAGAUAGUGAUAAUGUCCUACAAGAAGAUUUCGAGUGUGCCAGGACAUUUGAUUUUGAACAGACCACUAGCACGGCAGCAGAUUAUGAGACUGAGAAGCACCCAAUUAUGAGUACGGAGAUGCACUUUGUUGACAAGUCUGUUAUUGAAGAGAAGAUGGUGAUAAAAACUGAGGAUAAGGAUGUGCAGCUGGUUGGUACAUCGUUGAAAAUAAUGGUUCCGAACUAUGAUGAGGAUGAGGAUGAGGAUGACUGGCUAGAUGAGGAAGAUUCUGACUUGGGUGGUUACAAGACCAUAAUUCCUGUGGGGAAUGAAGAAGACAUAUCUUUUAGCGAUCUUGAAGAUGAUGCCAGCAACAGCAUACCAAUAAAAUCUAAGAGAGUUUCGGAGGUUACUGAAACUAAAACAACAUAA